AUGAACAACCAAAAUGAUCAGCAAGAAAUCAACAGAAAAAGAAAGAACAACAACUUGCAUGAUCAAAAUAAUGCUAGUAAUUUUAGUAAAUUCUCUACCGAAAAUAUUCUAAGAGUUGGAGAAGAAGGAGAAGAAGACGAAGAUAAUGAUUUGCUCACACUUUCAUUGUCCUUUCCUCCUACUAAUAGACCUCGAAAACAAUCUCCUCCAAAAUAUCAACCAAAUCUCCCACCACCAUCAUUGCCUCUACCAUCAGGCUCUUUCUACCUCCCACCCGUUACAGUUUUAGCGUCGUCAACCCCAACAGUAGCCGCUCCACUGCAGCCAAUGCGCAAACGACGUAACCCUUCAAAAGCAGCGAAAGACGGAAAAAGUGACACUAUCCCACCCCCAUUUCCUUGGGCAACAAACCGCCGAGCCACAAUCCACACGUUAGAUUACUUGUUGUCCAAGCAACUCUUCACCAUAAGCGGCGACGUUCAAUGCAAGAGGUGUGAGAGAAAAUAUCAAAUGGAGUUUGAUCUGAGAGAAAAAUUCGUAGAAAUUGGAACUUAUAUUGCUGAAAACAAAGCAGCCAUGCAUGAUCGUGCCCCUGAUAUUUGGAUGAAUCCUUUGCUUCCAACUUGUCAAUUUUGUAAACAAGAAAACAGUGUGAAACCAAUAAUCUCAGAGGAGAAAAGUUCCAUAAAUUGGUUGUUUUUGCUACUUGGGAAAAUGCUUGGAUGUUGUACUCUUGACGAUCUUAAGUAUUUCUGUGAACAUACUAAGAAUCAUCGCACAGGUGCAAAGGAUCGUGUUCUUUAUUUAACCUACUUGACUUUGUGCAAACAACUCGAUCCAAAUGGUCCAUUUGAUCGUUGA